UAGAAGCAGAAGGGACGCGUUUGGAUUGGGGGGGAAAGGGUGGGCAGUGGGGCAAGAUGGCGGCGCACCUGUCCUAUGGCCGAGUUAACCUGAACGUGCUGCGCGAGGCGGUGCGUCGGGAGCUGCGCGAAUUCCUGGAUAAGUGCGCGGGGAGCAAGGCAAUAGUUUGGGAUGAGAACCUCACGGGACCAUUUGGCCUGAUUGCACAGUAUUCACUACUGAAGGAGCAUGAAGUGGAGAAAAUGUUCACCCUGAAGGGAAGCCGUUUGCCAGCAGCUGAUGUCAAGAACAUUAUUUUUUUUGUCAGACCCAGGCUAGAAUUGAUGGAUAUAAUCGCUGAAAAUGUACUCAGCGAAGACAGACGCGGCCCGGCAAGGGACUUCCACAUCCUGUUCGUGCCCCGGCGAAGCUUGCUGUGCGAGCAGCGGCUGAAGGAUCUGGGCGUUCUGGGCUCCUUCAUCCACAGGGAGGAGUACAGCCUGGACCUCAUUCCCUUCGACGGGGAUCUCCUGUCCAUGGAGUCAGAGGGCGCCUUCAAAGAGUGCUACCUGGAGAGCGACCAGACCAGCCUCUACCACGCAGCCAAGGGGCUGAUGACCCUGCAGGCCCUGUACGGGACGAUCCCCCAGAUCUUCGGGAAAGGAGAGUGCGCGCGGCAAGUGGCCAAUAUGAUGAUCAGGAUGAAGAGAGAGUUUACGGGAAGCCAAAAUUCAAUAUUUCCUGUUUUUGAUAAUCUCCUGCUGCUCGAUCGAAACGUGGACUUACUAACGCCUCUUGCCACUCAGCUUACGUACGAAGGACUCAUUGAUGAAAUCUAUGGCAUUCAGAACAGUUACGUGAAGUUGCCUCCAGAGAAAUUUGCACCCAAGAAGCAGGGUGACGGCAGCAAGGACCUUCCCACGGAAGCCAAGAAGCUCCAGCUGAAUUCCGCGGAGGAGCUGUAUGCCGAGAUCCGCGACAAGAACUUCAACGCCGUGGGCUCCGUGCUGAGCAAGAAGGCCAAGGUGAUCUCGGCAGCGUUCGAGGAGAGGCACAACGCCAAGACGGUGGGGGAGAUCAAGCAGUUCGUGUCGCAGCUGCCCCACAUGCAGGCGGCGAGGGGCUCGCUCGCAAACCACACCUCCAUCGCGGAGUUAAUCAAAGACGUCACGACUUCCGAAGACUUCUUCGACAAGCUGACAGUGGAGCAGGAGUUCAUGUCUGGAGUAGACACCGACAAGGUCAACAGUUACAUUGAGGAUUGCAUUGCCCAAAAACAUCCUCUGAUCAAGGUGCUAAGACUGAUUUGCCUCCAAUCUGUGUGCAACAGUGGACUCAAACAAAAAGUUCUGGAUUACUACAAGAGAGAAAUUCUCCAGACAUAUGGCUACGAGCACCUCCUGACGCUGCACAGCCUGGAGAAGGCCGGCCUGCUGAGGCCACAGCCAGGGGGCCGGAACAACUACCCAACCAUCCGCAAAACCCUGCGCCUCUGGAUGGACGAUGUGAACGAACAGAACCCCACGGACAUCUCCUACGUGUACAGCGGCUACGCCCCGCUGAGCGUGCGGCUGGCGCAGCUGCUCGCCCGGCCCGGCUGGCGCAGCAUCGAGGAGGUCCUCCGCAUCCUCCCGGGGCCGCACUUCGAGGAACGGCAGCCCCUGCCCACGGGGCUGCAGAAGAAACGUCAGCCUGGAGAAAACCGAGUCACCCUGGUCUUUUUCCUCGGGGGGGUGACCUUCGCUGAAAUCGCCGCCCUGCGCUUUCUCUCCCAGUUGGAAGAUGGGGGCACAGAGUAUGUCAUCGCCACCACCAAACUCAUGAACGGGACCACCUGGAUAGAGUCGCUGAUGGAGAAGCCCCUGUAGGCGUUCAGGGCUGGCCGAAGUGCUCACCGGAGUAAACCGCGCUGGCAAAGACGUUGCUGGGAGGAAGUGCAGCCCCGCCGAGGAAUCACACAGGAGGACAGGGUUACUUCGGGGUCAGCCUCUUAAAUUAUGCUGGCCUCUCCUUUUACUUCCCUUUUGUGCUCCUAACUCCUCAAAGAAAGAACAGAAGAGAACAGCCUGGGUAAAGAAAUACCCAUUUUUAACGUUCUAAGCUUAGGAUCUUUGUUAGAGACCUCUGCAAAUACAUUAAGGACGGUGGGGAUGGCUAAUCUAUUCAGCCACACAGAUGGGGUCAGUCCAUCAAAUAAGCAAGCAGGGCCCAAGCGGCUAGAAAUGAAAAUAAAACUGGACAGUCCAACCCCUGCUGAGUGGAGCUGAGAUUCUUGGACUCACAUUCAGGGCAGUGGUAGGCGCUGGGGGCCAGAGACAGUGUGGCCGCCGAGGGGAGCCUUCUUUUUCCUGCACAGUGUGGCGCGUCAUAUUCACUGUCACCCGUCUCUGCCUCGCCUGAUUGUUAAGACAAGUUUGGAUUCCUUGUGCUUUUGAUUUAUUUGAUUCUAUAAAGCGAGAGAUUUCCCCAAAACCAAGUUUAUGAUCUGUCUGAUCAGCUGCAUCGGUAGUUCUGACCCAGGGCUUUUCACAUGGAGGAAGACAUUUGGGGAGCAGCUUCCUGAGAGUUGAACCUUCAAAGAGACUUCCUCAGCCCACACCUUAGUAACUCCAAGACAUUUCAGCGGUGGACACGUCCGCCGAGGUUUCGGUUUCCCUCCCCGCCCGUCACAGGCCCAGCACCCAGCAGGCCCCGCCAUGAGCAGCAGCACCCUCGCUGCUUCCGCAUCCUGCAGCUCUGUCUCCCUGGUAACCGCCGCGUGGCCUUCUGAAGCGGCCUGUGGCCUCUCACACUCAGCCUCGUGUUUGCUUUAUUUGAAAACACCCAGUUCUGUUUCAGUCCCUGGUCUGGGGGCCUUGGCCUCCUCUGACACAGCUCGUGGUUGAAUUUGGCGUCUGGCGGCCACAGCGGCCAUUCCUCACACAGGGACGGCCAGGCCACGGAGACACGGGACGGGUGUGCGUGCUUCCUCCCAGCCUCUGGAGGAGUUAAGGCUAAACUGACGGCUUCAGAGGCCAAGUCUCCGUCAAAAUUAGCUGGUCUCCCUCUUUGCUGGGGGACCAAGUCAGCGUCCCUCCCCAGGUGUGGUUUCCAUUGUUAAUUAGGAGCCAUAUAUGUUUUUCCUGACUUUUUUUUAUUAGUGGAAUUCUGUUAGGCACAUUGUAUGUUAUGAAGUAAAAGAGAGAUUAUAUAUAUUUAAAUAUUUAUUUUUAGAAGGGAAAGGAAGGAAAUGGGAGUGAGAAACAUUGAUCAGCUGCCUCUUGC